CGCGCGCUGGGAACCCGAGCAACCCCGCUGGCCUGCGCACAGUUCAGUCAGACGGAGAACACCGGGCGCGGCGCGGGCAGCUCCGACUCCGGCCUGGACAGGCGCGAUGGCGAGCGGCGACAGCAGACAAGCUGCCGAGGCCUUCCUCAGCUGGGGUGCAGACGACGAGGAGGUGGCCCAGGAGCUGGAGACUGAAGAGGAGUCGGAGGGCGAGGAGGAGGAGGAGGCCGAGUCGGAGGAGGAGCCCGACGCCAGGUUAUCAGAUGAGGAUAAGGAGGGCAAGACCAAGCAGGAAUGUAUCAUCUCUGACCCAUCCUUUUCCAUGGUGACAGUCCAACGGGAGGAUAGUGGAAUAACCUGGGAGACCAAUUCAAGUAGAUCUUCCACUCCUUGGGCUUCUGAAGAAAGUCAGACUUCCGGCAUAUGUAGUUUGGAAGGGUCAGCUCUGAAUUCUCCUCCAGGAAAUGUCUCCUUUGUUAUAGAUGAAGUUAAAAAGACACGAAAAAGAACCCACAAGUCCAAGCAUGGCUCACCAUCAUUGCGUCGGAAAGGCAGCAAGAAAAGAAAUUCUUUGGAAACGCAAGAUGUUCUGGCAAAUAAAGAAGAUGGUCUUUUAAUUCCAGAAGGUUCCCCGGCGCUCAAUACAGAGAAAGAGAAGUCAUCUAUUGGCACUUAUGACAAAACAAAAAGGAAGAAGACUACAUCAAAUACGCCUCCCAUCACUGGAGCAAUCUACAAAGAACACAAGCCAUUAGUGUUGAGGCCAGUCUACAUAGGAACAGUACAAUACAAAAUUAAGAUGUUCAAUUCAGUUAAAGAAGAAUUAAUUCCUCUACAAUUUUAUGGGACGUUGCCGAAAGGGUACGUGAUUAAGGAAAUACAUUACAGGAAAGGGAAAGAUGCAUCCAUCAGUCUAGAGCCAGAUUUGAGCGACAGUGGUUCUAACAUAUUUUCUCAAAGAAGUAAAUUAGUAGCCCAGAGCCCAGAAGAUGGUGUGGCAAGAGAGGUUGCCCCACCCUGGAGAGGUGCGCUCUCCAAAGGAUCAAAGUCCAUGACCUCACUAUUUACUCAUGAUGAGCAAAAGAAAACACAUGUCGAUUCCCCUUUAAUUGACACACCUGCAACCCCGAACACAUUUUCCUCUUAUUCCAGAAAUGACACAGCAGAUCAAGAAGAACAUUUCAGACCUCCACAGACAAUGCCACGACAGCUGACUGACGAAUCAAAGCCCCAUCGAACAGAACCACCUGGUCUGGCAACCAGGGUCCUCGAAAGAGCAAAGGAAGAACUGGAACCAGACUCAAAAGGAAUGGAAAUUUCAGAGGAUGAUGUAAAACAGGAAGUUUCUGUCAACCAUUCCAUGGCAUGGGAGGCAGAGGAGUCUUUGGAGACCGGAUCGCUAAGAGUAGCACCACCCAUCCAAGAAAUGUUUGAGCCAGAGACAGAAGAGCUAGAGCAGACCUUAUCAGAAAAGAUAGAACCAGCAUCUGAACACCUGACCUCGCCUGAGCCCGUAGUCAACAGAGAGGAGGAGCAUGCGCCUGAGCCAUUAGUCCACAGAGAAGAGGAGCGUGCGCCUGAGCCAUUAGUCCAUAGAAAAGAGGAGCAUGAGCCUGAGCCAUUAGUCCAUACAGAGGCGGAGCAUGCGCCUGAGCCGUUAGUCCACAGGGAAGAGGAGCAUGCGCCUGAGCCAUUAGUCCAUAGAGAGGAGGAGCAUGCGCGUGAGCCCAUAGUUGGCAGAGAGGAGGAACACGCACCUGAAGGACGCAUUACCCUUGCGUCCCAAGAACUAGAGAAGGGAGGGGUAACCUCCCUACCGAUCGCGGAUAUCACUGAACCCGAAGAUUCUAGUCUAGAAGAAGAGAUCAUAGAACUUGAUUAUCCAGAAAGCCCAUUAGUUUCUGAGAAGCCUUCUCCAUCACCUUUGUCCCCUGAAGUGGAGCACUGGGAGUCCGUUCUACCAUCACAGACGACGCUCACACCUGAACAUAUCAGUCCGUCUGAGGAAGAAAGAGAGGAAAGCGAGUCUGUGUCUACCGAUUCUGCUUUUGUAUCUGAAUAUUCGGCCCCACAGGAUUGGAAACCAGAACCAGUGAAGCAAGAAGCUGAGGCGCUUUCUCAGUGGGAUGUGAAGUCUAGCUCUGAACCUGCAGUCUUUUCAGAGGAAGACGAGGAACGCGAGGCUUACUCCCCAGCUGUGGCCUCUGCAUCUGAACACUCCAUCUCUCCAUCCACCGCUGAGAAGACAUCUGCAUCCCAGUCCCCACUCUUUUCAACAGUUUCACCAGACCGUCUGGUCUUCUCUGGAGACGAGGCCUCAGAGAGCACCUGUCACACACCGGAUUCCGUGUCUUCUUUUGAGCAUUCUGUUCCAGCGCAUGCCGCGCAAGAGUUGCUGGCGAGCACAGGUGACCGUAAGCCCCUAGUAAAGUCCCAACAUGCUUCGGAACCCAUGAUUCAGACAGAAGAAGAGAAGGAAGCCACUAGGCCACAUUCCCCAGCUGUGGAUGCCUCUUCUGAACGCCCCUGCUCACCGUCGCUAACUGAGAAGGCUGCUGACGUGCAUUUAUUACCGCCCCUGGCUGCCGCACUGCGACACGCAGCUGUAUCGGAAGAUGAGGAUCUAGGAACUAAUAGUCUCAUAUCAGAUUCAAAACUGACAUUUAAAACCGCAGUUCCACAAAAUGCACCGCAGGAAUCCCCCCAAAAAACAAUAGACGAAACGCCCCAAUUCAAACCAAAGGGCAUUUCUGAGCCCAUGACUCUGUUAGAAGAAGAAAAGGAAGAUGUGGGGCCUCCUUCACCAGAUGUGGUCUCUGCAUUAGAACCACAUGCCACCACCGAGGUGCUUUCUGAACGCCAGGCCCCACCUCCUUCAGCCAUUUUAUCUGAGCGCGGGGCCCUAUCAGAAGAAGAGUGUAUGGAAGGCCGGCGGCAGGCUUUCUCUUCCACACCUGCUUCCGAACUAUCAGAACCAACGCCGCCUGUAACACCAGAGUCCCAGGAGGAAGAGCUAGUCCACGCACCCUCCCUGCUCCUAAAGGGUGCCUCCUCACCCACACAUCUUUCAGAGGCAGAGCAGGAAGAGGAAAGCAUCGGGCUCCUUUCCCCUGAUUCUGCGUUUGCGUCAGAAUUCUCGUUCUCACCCUAUCCAACACAGGAAACAGAGAAAAGAGAGCUGGGGCCUGAUUCGCCACUGUGCUUAACAUCACCAUCAGAGCACACUGUUUUGUCUGACGAGGACACUGAAGAAACUGAACUCUUUUCCCCAGAUUCGGCAUCCCAAGUUUCAAUCCCACCAUACAGAAUCUCAGAAACAGAGCAAAAUGAAAUUGAGCCAGAAGCCUUGCUAACUAUGGGGUCUGCUCCCGAUUAUCCCUUCUUCUCUGAGGCAGAUACAGAAGGGUCGGGAUCCUCCGCCGUCACGCCUGUGCCGGACCAUUUUGAUCCAUCACAGGAGCAAAAGGCUGAGCCUUUCCCUUUCGUGCCUGUAUCUGAAGACCUGAGCCUGCCACCUUCGGCAGAUAAGACAGGCCAAGCAGAACAUAUGCCGGCCACUCCAGCAAUCUCAACCUCUGUAUCUGAAUAUCUCAUCCGGGCACAGCAGCAGAAAACUCAAGCAUCUUCGGAGCCUGAGGCUGAAGGUUUGGUACCACCAUCGUUGACCAGUAGAUGGGAGAAAGAAGAUGUUAAGAGUGGUUCGCCAGUACCUACUGUGGUGGCUUCUUCAUCUGCACUCUCAUCAGGGCUAAAGGAGGAGGAGACGAGACCCGUUCCACCCACACCUCAGUCCUCAGUUUCCCCCGAGUCAGCCUCUGUACUUAAGAUGGAACAGGAGCCCAAAGCACCAAGCGCAGAUGAACAGAUGGCUCUGCCCAAAGUCAGAAGGGAAGAAACUGUGCUGCUUUCUCAAGAAGCGGCAGCGUCUGCAUCACAGGAUCAGACACCACAGCCUCAGCCCCCAAAUGUUCCAGGGUCUGGGAUGAAAUAUUCAGUUGUUUCUGACUCGGUAGAUGAGCCAAAGGCGGAUGUCGAACCCAAUUUAGCUCCAACUGUGACUCCUGAACUAGAACAGAGAACGUUGUCAAAUGAGCCUGAAGUGGCAAAACCAGAUUCACCUCGAGAGGAAACAUCUAUUUCUGGACAUAAGGUUUCUUCUGCAGUGAAGACGGAAUUGAAACGCGAUUCCAAAAUAGCCAGGGAACUUCCUGCGGAUUCCUCGGGAAUAGAAAGGGAAGUUGAACAUCGUCCACUCGCACCACCAGCAUUUUCAGUUUUGUCGGGAGAAACGAAGAAAGAAACCGAAGCCAGCUUCUCUGCCACCACGGUGCCAGGAACGAAGCUGGAUUCAAAUGUAACUGAAUCAGGCCGAGAUGAAACCCUGGCAGACUCAUCUCUUGCCAGCCCUGCGGAACACCUGGGCCUAAGGCAAGUAGGGAAGAGUGAAUUAGGAAGUGGUUCACCACCCAUCAUCACAUCUAGCUUGGUGUCUGUCUCAGAGGUGUUAAGGCCUGAGCCCAAACUUUCCAUCAAUGCAGGUGCAGAGGUAAAGAGAGAAGAAAGUAAGCUCCCUCCACCACAAGUGUCACCCGCACCCGAACGCACAGUUCCAAAUGACAAACCAGAGGAGCCUGAAAUUUUAGUGUCAGACGAUUUAGGCCCAGAAUUAUUGUCCCUCAGGGAUGAGAUGAACAGACAAGCAGAGGAAACAUCUCCAGUGCUGAGAGGCUUCCAGUCAGGAAAGGAAGAACUCAUAAAGCUCUCCUCAGAGCCUAAGAAACACACACAGUUAUCCGAAGUACCAGCCGCUGGGUCAGAAUUCACUGGUGGGAGAGAUAGAAAUGAAUCCUUAGGUGUAGAACCAGUAAAAGCCAUUAUAACAGAACCAGGGCCUUCUGUCUUAGCAAAGGGCCCCACUGAGCUUGGGAGCAGAGAAAAAGAGCAAGGAGAAAACAGGGAACCUCCUGUGCCUGCUACAUCUCCAUUAGAGACUGCUGCUUCUGACCUCCCCACAGAGCAAAGAGAGCUUGAAAGGGCCCUUCGUGUGGGUCAAGCUGUUGAGGUGCCAGAUGUGGGGGCUUCUUUUGGCGAUAAGCCAGAUCUGGGUGUUAAAAAACAAUUCUCAGAUAGAAAAGAGAAUUUGCAGCAAUCAAAGCCAUUUAUUACCAUGGAGCCUGCCGAUGUUACAGGAACAAAAGUGAAAGGGACUCUCACUUCUCCAAAGGAUGAUACCUGGAUGCUAGAAAAGCCGGAUGGCUUGGCCAAUCAGAGGGAAGGGCCAGGACCAAGGCAGCUGGAUUCCUCUGAGAGCAAUGAUCUGAUGCCAGGGAAACUUGAGGCUGCUCCAUUGGAUACAGACCGCACAUCUGGAAUCAGAAAGCAGGCCCUACCACAAGCUGUGGAAAAACCCCAUUUGCCAUCGCUAGAACAAGUAUCUACCCCUCAUGUGUCUAGUGGCAAGGCGAAAGCCUUAUCCACGAAGACUUGCCUUUCUGAAGAAGUAAAGGCUGUGGCUCCUGUUGGAAAGGUUGAGAGAAGCAGAGCAGAGGAGAGGCAGACUGGUUCUUUCGCAGAGAGUGAACAGCCAAUAGCAGAGAAAACAAAUGCAGAAUUUCCCAGGCCUUGCAAAGAAGAUGCCCAGGAGGGAAUCAAACUCCCUUUUGAAAGGACUCUCCAGAAAUCACAGAGUGGCCCAUCCAUGGACCAGGGAAAGGUAGAAACAACCCCCAUGCCUGCCACAGCAGUGCAUUUUCUGGCUGAAGUUGUAGAACCCACACUGGGCAAAGACCAAGAAGCGAGCACGGCAGCAGUGUCUGGUGAGAAGCCAUCUCAAGAACUCAGAUGGGUUCAGCCAAAGGCCUUAGAUGAUGCCAAUGAAGGGGGAAGACCAGCCCUUGAAGCAGAACUAUCUACCCAAAGUAAAUCUGUCUCUGCAAUCAAAGCAGAUGUCACUCUUCAACCCCCAGGGGCACCAGAGGGGACACAAGAGCCAUCUGAGAAGUCAUUGGUGGCUGAGCAAGGCCCUGCUGUGAACAAGGGAAAGAAAGGAAUUUCAUCUUUCAAAUCAUGGAUGUCUAAUUUAUUGUUUGGAUCAAGCGCUCCGGAUAACAAGGUCACUGACAAGGAACACUUAGAAACCCAGUCAGGUCCCUCCAUAGAGAAGGCAGCAACUGCUGUAGAGCCUAAAGGUGCAGUUGCUGCUGAGGUGAAUGCGGCUGGGGAGCCAGCUGUUUAUUCAUUACCUGAGGCCACAGUUAAACUGGCUGAGGAACCCAAGGAUGCUUCAGUUAAAUUCAGCCAAAGUCAAGACCUUAAAGAAAACCUCAUGUUUUCAAACCAGUCCAAAUCAAACUCUGGAAAUUAUGGGAAGAAAGAAGUCCUAGGCUAUUCAGAGGGAGUGGGUGUAAGCUUAGCUCCUUCAGCUGGUGAGAAGCACCAUGGAAUUCAACCUUGUUCCCCUAUGGGUGAGAAACUGGCUAUGGAGGAAGCCCAAGAAAUUGCUCCUCUUCAUGGUGCUGAGAGCCAAAGACACCAGAAGCCACAAAUCUGUCCUCCAGCUACAUGGACUAUUUCUGCUCUUAAGGAAGAGCCAAGCAGUGAUCACAAAGCAACAAGGCUCUCUGAUAUGGUAGAUAAAAUGCCACAACAGCCAAAAUCAGCUCCAUCAAACUUCACAGAGACGAAGGCACCAGAAAAGCCAGCAUCAGUGAUUUUGCCAGUGGAAUCAACUGAUCUUGGUGAAGACAUCAGACCAAGACAAGAAAUGCCAAAACCCACUUCUUUGAAACAGUGUGAAGAGGAAAUGGAACUCCUGGUGGAGGAGGAGGAGGGCUGGGAAACCAGAUCACUUUCCUUGGCAGAGAAGAGGGCGCUGGCAGAAAAGCGAGAAAUCAUGGCUCCCUUGGAACUUAGGGGAAAUAAAGCAGUAGGAAAGCUGCAAACGAUGCCGGAAUCUCGACCUUUUACAUUGGAAGACUCAAUAGCUGCUGCGAGGCUGGAACCGUGCGUCUCUCUAAGUGAAGAGCUCAUGGAAAAACCCAGCGAGGCUCUCGCUUUGGAGGAGAGGGAAGGAAAUGAGGCUCAGGCAUCUUUAGGAGGAAAGAGGCAGGCACACCUACCCUGUUCUCCAGCUGCAGCCACACCUGUGCCUGUAGCAUCAGCUGUCUCUUCAGAUAAGGCCCAGCCACCCUCAUUGGUUAAACCACCACCAGUUAUUGAAAAACCAGAGCACACAAUCGCAGAGGUACGCCCAGAAGUUAAGGAGAGAAAGGCAGCAGAAACCCAACCACAACCACAUCCCCGGGAAAAAAGUAAAACUUUAGAAGGAAAAACCAAGGCUUCCCGUGUGGAGCCUCCCUUCAGAGAGGAAAUGGAUGGCCAUUCUCCUUGGGGAGAAAGUCUGGAGUUGCAGAAGUCCAAGGAGAGUCAGGUGGAUCUCAAAGAGGAGAGGAGGCCGUUGAAAGCGUUUGAGUUGUUCCCCGAUUCCUCAGUGGCUGCUGUGGAUGGAAGUGUGCAGCCACGCCCUCUAUCUGAGGAUGCUGAAAGGGCAUCUGAGCACACUGCUGUUGAGACAGAGCGUUUAAGAACACUGCCGACUGAGCUGUCACCUGUAGAGUCACAGACUCUUGUUUCAAGAAUUUCUCUGGAACAUGCAGCAAGGAAACAAGAAACGCAGCUGGAGAGGCCUACGGUCCACACCAUCCAGGCAUCUCAAGGCCACUCAGCCGAGAUGCCCAAACAGUCUGUUCUUAUUACAAAGCAUCACUUGGAAGCUGUGGAGGAUGUGCACAGAAAUGAACCACUCCCUACAGCAGCAAGCAACUAUACUCAGUUUAUGCUUAACGCAGCGGCGGUCCGUGCUGAUGGACUGACUCCCAUGAGAGGCACACCGCAGGGGCUUGAUGACACCUCUGUGAAAGAUGAAGAAUUUGCAGCGACCAGCAAGCCAGCCGGACUUUCAGAAGAUCAAAAGAGUGCCUUUAGCAUCAUUUCCGAAGGCUGUGAGAUACUGAACAUCCACGCUCCUGCCUUCAUCCCUUCAGUGGAUCAGGAAGAAAGCGAACAGAUGCAAGAUAAGUUGCAGUAUUUGAGAGAGAAAGCCUCUUUUAAAAGCAUAUCCCUGCAGGACGAGAGGGAGGUGGUUGCUUCCCACGAGACACGGGAGAGCAAGGUAGAAGAUUUUGAUAGGAAAAUUGCGUUGCUGACAGAAAAUGAACCAAAGCAGGAGACCCGUAAGACAAAGGAGGAGGUAGCCACAGACUCAGAAAUGGGUGAUUUCACUCCAAUUCAACCCACAGUUUCCAGCGAAGAGGAUUAUUUUGAAAAAUAUACUUUGAUUGAUUAUAACCUCUCUCCAAACUCAGGAAAACAGAAUUUAACCAUUGAGGAAUUCUCAAAGGAACCCACAGAAGCAGCGACUUCUUUCCCAGAAAAGCCAGAUGAGCGUGUCCUAGAACAGGAAUAUGACUUAGUAAAGUUAGAUGAAAGCUUUUACGGAGUAGAAAGGGACUCCAGUGAAUUAUCUCAUGGAGAGAGGCAACAGUCUGUGGCUACCCAAAAACCGGAUGAUAGAAAUGCUUCGAAGGGCAUCAGUAGGAACGUGGACGCCAGGUCACCCGGGAUGCCUUUGUUUGGUGUGGAGGAAGGAGUUCUGUCAAGAAGCCAGAUAUUUCCCACCACCACCAAGGCUGUUAACCCCGAGCUGCUGGAGGAGCCACCCGCACUCGCCUUCUUAUAUAAGGAUCUUUAUGAAGAGGCAUUCGGGGAGGAAGAUGAAGGGGAAACCGCUUCUGAGGGUGACAGUGUGGAGCCUGAGGCGUCAUUCCCACGGAGGCACUCUGACCCCGAUGAUGGGACAGGUAUGUAUUUUGAGAAGUACAUACUCAAAGAUGACAUUCUUCAUGCCGAAUCGGUAACUCAAGAAGAUGAAGGACAAGGCCUGGAAGGAAAGCCGGUUGGUGAGGGUGAGUCACGUCCACUGAGAGUUGCAGAAAGAGAAGCCGGCAGAAAGCCUGCAACUAGUUUUUGGGAGAAGAAUCUAGAAGAACAGCGCAAGGCGGUUGACAGGGAAGGGGACUCCGUGGGCCACACGGAGACCCUCGGUGAGGUGGUGAUGCCGCAGAAAGCUCCCGUCACAGAGCGCGUCAGAGCAGUCACGCAGAAGAUGAGCUAUGCAGUCCCAUUUGAAGACACCCGCCAUGUUCUGGAGAGUGCCGAGCAGCCGAGCAGCCAGGGUAACGAAGCAGGAAGUGGAAGUCCAGAGGCCAGUCUGAACAUCCCAGUACAAGUGUCUUUCCCAGAGGAAGAAUUUGCAGCUGGCGCCACUUAUGCUCCCGAAGUGUCACUAGAAGAACCCGUCCCAUCUGUGCCACGUGAAGAGAGGCUCCACAACAUCCCGGUACAGGAUGAGUAUGAGUUUGUUGACUCGCUGAGUCAUGAAGCGGUCAGGGUCAGUGAAGGCAUCUUAGCAGAAGAACCUUAUUCAGAAUCCACACCCAGCGGCGUGUUAGCUCAAGGAACAGAAUCCCUCGCACAUAUCGGGGAACAGAAAUACAUAGGUGAGGAGGAGCCGAGCAUGUCUGCCGCACAGGAAGAGUUGGAUGAAAGGACGGAAGACCAGUCAGCAACGGAAUCAGUAAGGGCUAAGACACAAAAGGAACCGGGAAAGCCCCAGGUUGACUCUUACUGCUACACUUGUAAAAGCCCAGUCUCUGAAAUGGACAAGAUGCUGGACGUUCACAAAGACCACGAGGUCUCAGCACUUGACACAGCGAUAACUGCUGUUAAGGUUCAAUUAGGAGAAUUUCUUGACACCCUGCAAGAAAAAUCCUUGAGGAUUGAGGCUUUUGUUAGCGAGAUUGAAUCCUUUUUUAAUACCAUUGAGGAAAACUGUAGCAAAAACGAGAAACGACUGGAAGCACAGAAUGAGGAAAUGAUGAAGAAGGUUCUGGCACAGUAUGAUGAGAAAGCCCAGAGCUUCGAGGAAGUGAAGAAGAAGAAGAUGGAGUUCCUGCAUGACCAAAUGGUCCACUUUCUACAGAGCAUGGACAGGGCCAAGGAUACCCUGGAGACCAUCGUGAGAGAAGCCGAGGAGCUUGACGAGACAGUUUUUCUGGCCUCGUUUGAGGAAAUCAAUGAAAGGCUGCUUUCUGCAAUGGAGAGCACAGCUUCCUUAGAGAACAUGCCCGCUGCCUUCUCGCUUUUCGAACAUUACGAUGACAGCUCGGCGCGAAGUGACCAGAUGUUGAAACAAGUGGCUGUCCCACAGCCUCCCAGACUAGAACCCCAGGAACCAAAUUCUGCAACCAGCACAACAAUUGCAGUGUACUGGAGUGUGAGCAAGGAUGAUGUUGUGGAUGCAUUCCAGGUGUACUGUAUAGAGGAGCUUCAAGAUGACCAAGAAGUAAAUGAGCUGGUGGAAGAAUACAGACUGACAGUGAAGGAAAGUUACUGCAUUUUUGAAGACUUAGAGCCUGAUCGAUGUUAUCAAGUGUGGGUGAUGGCUGUCAACUUCACCGGAUGUAGCCUGCCCAGCGAAAGAGCAAUUUUUAGAACAGCACCGUCCACUCCUGUCAUUCAUGCAGAAGACUGUACCGUGUGUUGGAAUACGGCCACUGUCAGGUGGCGGCCUGCUAACCCCGAGGCCACAGAGACCUACACUCUGGAGUACUGCAGACAACACUCUCCUGAGGGCGAGGGCCUGAGAUCCUUCUCUGGAAUUAAAGGACUCCAGCUGAAAGUUACUCUUCCACCGAACGACAAUUACUUCUUCUACGUGAGAGCCAUCAAUGCAUUCGGGACAAGCGAGCAGAGCGAAGCCGCCCUCAUCUCCACCAGAGGAACUAGAUUUCUCUUAUUGAGAGAAACAGCUCACCCAGCUCUCCAGAUCUCCUCGAACGGGACGGUGAUCAGCUUCUCUGAGAGGAGACGGCUGACGGAGAUCCCCUCCGUGCUGGGCGAGGAGCUGCCUGCCUGUGGCCAGCAUUACUGGGAAACAACAGUCACAGACUGUCCGGCCUAUCGACUUGGCAUCUGUCCCAGCUCAGCUGUGAGGGCUGGCGCCCUGGGACAAGGGGAGACAUCAUGGUACAUGCAUUGCUCUGAGCCACAGAGAUACACAUUUUCCUACAGUGGCACUAUGAGUGAGGUCCAUGCGACCGAGCGUCCAGCCAGAGUGGGCAUUCUGCUGGAUUACGCCAACCAGAGGCUUCUAUUUAUAAACGCAGAGAAUGAGCAAUUGCUCUUCAUCGUGAGGCACAGGUUCACCGAGGGAGUGCACCCCGCCUUUGCCCUGGAGAAGCCUGGGAAAUGUACACUGCAUCUGGGCUUAGAGCCCCCGGAUUCUGUCCGGCACAAGUGAUCCUGGGCAUUCAGGGUUUAUAAGAGUAAGAAUUCAAGUUUGGGGUGGAGAGCUGUCAUAUUCUCUCUCUCUCUCUCUCUCUCUCUCUCUCUCUCUCUCUCUCUCUCUCUCUCUCUCUCUCUCUC